CUGUCCACCUCCACACUCCUGAAGGCUCAGGGUUCUCCUAACGGUCCUCUCUCUCUCAUCUCCUCUCAUCUCCUGACUCGCCCCGACGACAUGUCUUUCCAGAGCUACAGCUACCGUUCCGGCGGCGUUCCCAGCAGCGGAGCCUCCACCAUCAGCUCCCGCCGGGUGGGCUACGUGUCCAGCGCCCCCAAGGCCUACAGCGUGUACGGAGGAGGCGCCGGCGGCAGCACGCGCAUCUCCUCCUCCAGCGCCCGCAACGUCUCCUCAGGCUUUGGCGGCGGCUACGGCGGUGGUUACGGGGGCGGCAGCGGCGGUGGCUUCGACCUGUCGAGCGCCCUGGACCAGAACACCGUCCACCUGAACGAGAAGGCCACCAUGCAGAACCUGAACGACCGCCUUGCCUCCUACCUGGACAAGGUGCGCUCCCUGGAGGCAGCUAACUCCAAACUGGAGCUGCAGAUCAGAGAGUACUACGAGCAGAAGGGACCAGCCGCUGAGAGGGACUACAGCAACUACUGGGCCAUCAUCAACGACCUGAAGGACAAGAUCAAUGGUGCCACUAUCAACAAUGCCAACAUCCUGCUCCAGAUUGAUAACUCCAAACUGGCAGCUGAUGACUUCAGGACCAAGUUCGAGCACGAGCUGAUCAUGCGCCAGUCCGUGGAGGCUGACAUCGCCAACCUUCGCCGCCUGUUGGACCAGACCACCCUGACCAAGGCCGACCUGGAGAUGCAGAUCGAAGGUCUGCAGGAUGAGCUGGCUUACCUCAAGAAGAACCACGCAGAGGAGCUGGCAGCCAUGCGGGCUCAGCUCACAGGCACCAUCAACGUGGAGGUGGACGCCGCACCCCAGCAGGACCUCAGCAGAAUCAUGGACGAGAUCCGCGCCCAGUAUGAGGGCAUCACGGACAAGCACCGUCGCGACCAGGAAACCUGGUUUAAUGAAAAGUCCACGACGUUGUCCAAGGAGGUGGCCGCCAGCACCGAGACCAUCCAGACCACCAAGACAGAGGUCAAUGACCUCAGACGCACCCUGCAGGGCCUGGAGAUCGAGCUGCAGUCGCAGCUCAGCAUGAAAGCAGCCAUUGACAACACCUUGCGAGAGACCGAGGCUCGUUACAGCGCCAUGCUGACCGGCUACCAGAACCAGAUCAACAUGCUGGAGCAGGAGCUGGGCAACGUGCGCUCCAGCAUAGAGCAGCAGGGCCAGGACUACAGGAUGCUGCUGGAUAUCAAGACCAGGCUGGAGCAGGAGAUCUCCACCUACAGGAACCUCCUGGAGACCGAGGAAUCCAGGUGCCAUUCAAAUAGUGGAACCAAAUCCACUGUCACACACACCACAGUGCGCUCAUCCAGCUAGAUGCUCGACUCUACUGGCAGAGCAGGACAUUUUCAGAAAUACCCACUCACUCACAUACAUUGUUACAAAGAGAAUAGCUGUCAAUCCAAAAAAAAUGUGUUGGGGUAUUGCCAUGUUAGCACUGUAAUUUUCUAACAUAAUGUUACUCACUAGAACUGGAGUUUACGUAUCGAAAUUAGGAUAAGAUUUAAGGGAGAAUUGCACUGAGGAACAAUUGCUGGCCCCUGUUGUGAAUGAAUGUGUUGUUUCUGACAAUAAAUCUGCUGGUGAAUAUAAA